AUAGACACUGGGAAACAGGGCAUUUUAACUUGAAGGUCUGUCAGGGGGACACUGGCAAGAACAAUUGGUCGAUUGGUGUGAAUAUUAUUCCUGGCUCAGUAAAAAUGUCUAUUCAGCCUCAAUCUGUGGACAGUUCAGAUGACCAUAAAAAAACCGAUCUUGCUAUUAAAUUACUGCCUACCAUUGCUCGUGCAGUCAAAUUGUCUCAAGAGUUUCCUGUGUCAGAUACUCCUGCUUACAUCUAUUACAAUGAUUUUCCUCAAUACAAAGCUGUCGCAGCUGGACAGUCCAGGAAAAUCCUUUCGAUUCUACAGAAUGUUAUGGAUAUUUUAGACGCUAAGGCUAAUGUCUUAGAUGUUCCAGUGACCAAGAGCCUACAAGAAAAAUUUACAUCGAUUGUUGACGCUAAUGACCGAAUACUUGAAAGACUGGCAAUGGCUAUGGACUUUGAAGAAGAUCCUCAACGUAAAGAGUUCUUCAUGAAAACAAGAGCAGAAGAUUUGGUAGUUGCCGUCCAUCGAAAAAAUACAACAUCUCUCGAAUGGUUGAAGUCUAAAAAUUCAUCAGAAGCUGAUGCAGAAAAGAUUGGUCUUUCUGAAAAUUCACUGAAACUUUUAUCCUCUAAACAUAUUGUCAGACCACAAUCGUUUUUUUCAACGCCACCAGAUAACUCGCGCUCACCGUUUCGACCCAUAAUAAAAUCAAAGCCGAAUUGCAUCGUACCACUUUCGGAAUCUUUAUUCAAAGACGAUGAUGAGUCGGAAGAGUAUCCCCAUCCAUAUCAAGCAGAAUUGAAAGCCUUUUCUAGCAGUGUACCAAGCUGGAAUGCAAUGCUAUUAGAAGAUUUUCCCACUAAACAUAUGGAUGAAUCAUAUCAUUUUGUUGAUAAAUUAGAUGCCCUUCAAGAAACUAUAAAGUCUCUUUCAGCAUGUAAAUAUAUUGCAGUUGACUUGGAACACCAUAACUAUCGUACUUUCUUGGGGAUUACAUGUUUGAUUCAAAUUAGUACGUUGGAUACUGAUUAUAUCAUUGAUGCAUUGACUCUACGAGAUCAUCUGUCAAUAUUGAAUGAAGUAUUCACCGACCCGAAAAUAGUCAAGGUGUUUCAUGGGUCCGAUUCAGAUUUGAUGUGGUUACAACGGGAUUUCGGUGUUUACGUAGUCAAUUUAUUCGAUACAGGUUUGGCUGCUCGCCUAUUACAAUACUGUCGUUUCUCAUUGAGUUACCUGUUACAUCGGUUUGUUGGCGUACAUCCGAAUAAGAAAUAUCAAUUAGCUGAUUGGCGUAUAAGACCGUUACCAGAAGAACUGGUUAAAUAUGCACGAACAGACACACAUUAUCUCUUACACAUUGCAAGUCGGAUGUGCCAAGAGUUACAAGACAGAGAUUUACUGUCGAUUGCUGUUGAACGGGCGAGACAAUUAUGUCUUAAAUGUUAUACAAAGCCUGAAUUCCGUCGACUUGGAUACCUGGAUUUGUAUAGACAAACUGGCAGUAGUAGUUUCAGUCAUCGUCAGCUGUACGCCUUGGAAAAUCUGUAUGCCUUACGAGAUUCGAUAGCUAGACGUGAAGAUGAAAGCAUUCAUUAUGUACUACCAAAUCACAUGUUGAAAGUAAUCGCUGAAGUACUACCUCGUGAAAGCUCUGGUAUAUUUGCAUGCUGUAACCCUAUCCCACCACUGGUGCGUAAAUAUGUUCAUGAUCUGCACAAGAUUGUACUGGAUGCAAGAAAUUUACCUAUUACAGAUCUGCCCCUUACCUCCGACCAACUGGAAGCAUCUGCACAACAAGAUUCGAGACAACAAGAUGACAGACGAUCUUCUUUAAACAUGUCAACAGUGGAAAACUUGAAAUAUGCUCUUCCCCAUGACUAUUCCCAUAGUACGCAAGUGUUUGUAACAGAUUUGAAUAACGUUUCUAGUACAGAAAUACCUCAAAAUGAGCAACCGUCAGUUUUUGCAUCCGCUUUCUUAUCCAAGAAUUUUAUCACACAUUCUGUGAUUAUAGAACAGGAAAGCGAAGAAAAGAAACUGUUGAACGAUGAAUUUUUGGAUCCAAAUCACAUUCUGUUAAAGAAGCUGUUGGCGCUUCUUAAACUGCCAUGCUCGCCGCUUGUUGUAUCUGCUGACCAAUCAUCUGUAAAUACACCUACUUCUGUUCAAAAUGGUGCUUCACAGCAGUCAGAGAUAAUGGAAGACUCUGAUAUAUUGAAUACCACUGAACAUGUGAUUAAAUUGGAUGUUGAUUCAACUUCUGAUGGAUCCUUAUUAAGCGACAACCAGUAUUCAACAACUUCUAAAGCUCGACCAUCCAACGAACUGAAAAGAACCCAUCUUCAUGAAACCAUCUCUAAACCAUCAGUCCAUGAUUACAGCAAUGAAGACGUUAUACUUUUGUGUAAUGAGAAGGUAAAUGCAAAGGCUAAGAAACGCAGAAAAACUCAAGAAAAAAACAACUCAGUAAUACAAUCCGACGAUAAUAGUGUUACUAACCCUGAAUUAGGAGAUGAUAUAUGCACUUCAGUUAAAUGUGAACCAACUCCUGAAUCGUUAGAAGAAUCUACUACUGAUUGUUCAUUCACUAAACCAUCUCAUUCUUCAACACGUGGUUCUGGUAAGAAAAACAAAUCGAAGUUUCGGGAGUUUCGUGUAAGUCGCCCUAAACACCAAACCUAACAAUUACCAGAAGACUACAAAUGUAUAUGAUUAUUUGUAUUUUACUAUUCAAAGAAAUAUCUUGACACACUUGUUCUUUGAUAAAGCAAUAUAAAAAAAACAUCUUUUGAAUCGAUUUACUGUGUUGUUUUCUCUUCGCCAUCAUUUAUUAUCUAACUGACUGUCCCUCUAGGGUAUUCGCACCGCUGUAGAGUUUAUGAUGUGUUCGUUUGAUAAACUGUUCCUAUGUUGUUGCGCACUUCACAGAGGUUUCUUGUUACACUGAAAUUUGUAGAUGUUAGUAAUAUAUUUAUCAACAUUCGAAUGUAUCGGCUGAACUUUUUUAGUUGUCAGUUUUACUUUUAAUCCGCUGCAUUAAUUGGUAAUUAACAUUUUAUACUGCUCUCAAUAAUAAUAAUUAUUAUUAUUACUUGUCUCUUGGGUUCCUAAUGGAAC